CUUCCGGCGUGGCUGUACCUCCUCAAGCUCAAGGUCAAGGUUUACUCCAACCGCCUGAGAUUGCUUAGGUCACGUCAGCAUCUCCAACGAAUCCUCGGACUUGAGCAGAUUCUCCUCACGGCCAAGUGAAGGCCCGGAAGAGCUGUGCUGUAUAUAAAUGACCGCUCGAGAGCGCCUCAUCAAGUCGCUCUUCCUCAAGAUACCCUGUAUAGACGGACGAUAGAACGACAUGCUAUCUUUAAUGCGGCUUCCUUUUCUCUUGCUAUACUGCACUUGUCUAUUGAUAUCCGAUACCCUCGCUGCAUCAAACAGUACCAAGGCUGGCUUAGCAUGGCCGAACGGAAACUGGAACAUCAUCAAUCAAUACACGACAACUGGCAAAGUAGCAUGGUACUACACAUGGAGCCCUAGCCCAAUCAGCACGAGUCUAGAGUUCGUCCCCAUGCUCUGGGGCGACCGGCAAGUUUCCGAGUGGGAGACCUCGAUAAACCGCACGAUCAAGAACUCAGGCGCCACGCACGUCCUGGGGUUCAACGAGCCGGACUACGCAACUCAGUCGAACAUGACGCCCAGCCAUGCUGCGUCUGUAUGGCAAGCGCAGAUCGAACCACUGCGCUCUCAAGGUGUACUGCUUGGCUCGCCAGCACCGACGUCUGCGCCGGAGGGAAAGCAGUGGCUGCUCGACUGGCUGGACGCGUGCAACGGCGGGUGCACGGUCGACUUCGUGGCCCUGCACUGGUAUGAUAUCAACUCGACGGCGUUCAUCACUUAUCUCGAAGACUUCCACAAUACGUUCCAGAGGCCGCUUUGGAUUACGGAGUGGGCAUGUCAGAACUUCAACGCGGCAGACGAGCAGUGUUCGCUACAGAACGUCGUCGACUUCUUGAACGCUACGCAGUCGUUCAUGGACUCGACUGCCUGGGUUGAGCGUUACGCCUGGUUCGGCGCCAUGGAGAGCCUGCAGGGUGUGAAUCAGGAUGAUGCCCUCAUGGAUUCGUCUGGCAGAAUCAAUACUCUUGGCGAACAGUACAUCGGGGCGGUUACGCCUAACACCAGCAGCAAUUACACACCAGGAGUGGUUGACGGAGGCUACGGUAGCUCGACGAGUCCGUCGUUAGGGUCUGCAGCUCUCCCUCGCCGCUGCCUUCCGAGGAUUCUAGCCACGCUGCUCCUGUCAUCGGCGGUGACGGUGCUCUCAGUGCUUAGUUAGUGAUUUACGAGCGAACACUAGAUGCUUAGUCGCUAUCGCAGCCCAGAGCUGCAUUCUUAUGCGAUACUUAGAGGCUUACACACACUUAUCUCCCGACGAGC